CUCAUAACAACUUAAGCAUUACGAAACUUAUAUUCGAGCAAAUACAUCUCACGUAGCAAAUAAGUCAUAACUUUUUUUGUUGACCAGAUUCGACACACACAUUGACCUCCAUUCAAAAACUCAUUGCUUGGUGGGCGAAACAACGACAAGACGCCACCUGCUGGAGGGAGACAGAUUGUCCUCCGAGUUGGGCCUCUCUUCCUUUUCCUCUGUUUAGAAACACAAAACGAAAGUCAAGCGUGAUGACUGGACACUGACAGCGGGUAAAUAUUCAAACACUUCUGGGUGCCAUUCACACAAAGGACGGUAACUAUAACAAUACAUUAUACAUAUCUAUAAAACGUUGGAGAUCAUCCAUACUAGAGGAAAGUUGAUCGUUCUACACCGGUCGAUCCACUGAUCAACUCAUCCUACUGCACGCUGUCGGCCUAUUAAUAAGGUGAUUCGACAACAUUAUUUUUUAUCAUAAUCAAUGGGAUCCACAAAUUAUGUCUCCAGACUGAUGGAGUACGCUCAGAGAAACCGUCAGAUCUCUGAUGUCAAGUUUGAAGAGGUUGGUACAGAUGGACCGGAUCAUCUUAAAACGUUCACUAUGAGGGUGGUGAUGAAGGGUCGUGACUAUCCUAACGGGGUUGGGAAGAACAAGAAAGAGGCCAAACAGAAUGCUGCUAAACAUGCUCUGGAUGGCCUGAUGGAGACGGAGCACAAGGACGCCACUGUUCCAUGUCUUCCAUCACUGGCUCCAACCCCUCAUGACCAAGCAGGUAUCACUCAGCCCAACUAUGUGUCGUGGCUCAAUGAACACAGCCAGAAGAAGAAGCUGUCUCUGAAGGCUUUGGAAGAAACACGGGAUGGACCCAACAACACCUCACAGUGCUGUAGGUAUGUGGUAGGUGAGAAAGAAUACCCAGAGGGCUUUGGGAACACUAAGAAGGAAGCUAAGGAGGAAGCAGCAAUGCUGGUCUAUCAGGAGAUAUGUGGCGGUAGUCAGACCAUAGGGACUGUAGACGAAAACUGCAAUGGCACUAUUGAAAAACACAAGGAGGAAUUGAAUGGAAAGGUUGUAGCCCUCUGUGAGAAGGUUGGACACCUGAACAUGAGCCCAGAACAGAAUGUAUCAGAACAACGUAGCGUCAUUACAAAAGAGGAGACCAACUUCAUAGGCAUACUCAACCACUACUGUCAGAAAACCAAAGGGUUUCUUGACUUUAAACUAGUGGGGAAGAGCGGACCAUCACACGACCCUCUAUUUGUUUAUAAAGUAUUGAUCGACAAGAACGAAUACCCAGAUGGUUCGGGUAAGACAGCCAAGGAGGCCAAACAACAAGCGGCUCAGUUAGCAUGGUCUGCUCUGCAAGAACAGUCUGACUGGAACAGCCAGGUGUCCUGCAGAUCAACAGUUUCAGAAGAUGGAGGACUGUCCUCUCUAACCCCCUCCAGUACAUGGCAAGAUGGAGGACUGUCCUCUCUAACCCCCUCCAGUACAUGGGAAUCCCAAGGUGCAACACCAUCAUCCCGGAGUAUAGCAGGAAGUACCUGUAGCUCCAUCAUAUUCACAGACUCCCCCCAGCAGGAGGAAAUCCCUGAGGAAAGCCCUGUAAAUGUGAAGCCUAAAAUAAAACUAGCAGCUAACUUCCAGAUGUCACCGGUCAAGACCACACAGGACGGUCCCAAUUUAAAAGGCAACAUUGGAAGGACAUCCAACCAACCAGUUAUAUCUAGGUUUUCAUCAGAGUUUGAUUCGAUAGAGAAGAUUGGCAAAGGAGGCUUUGGCCACGUUUACAAGGCCCGACGGAAACUGGAGAAUAAGUAUUUUGCUGUGAAGAUAGUACGGAGUACAGAGAAAGCCAAGCGGGAGGUCGGUGCCUUGGCAGAACUUCAGCACCCCAACAUAGUGCGUUACUACACCGCCUGGGUAGAGGACACCGAGUACCGAUGUGACGCCGCUUCUGAGAGCUACAGCACUUCACAUUCAGGCAGCAGUUCGUCCUCUGAGUUCCUGUACAUCCAGAUGGAACUAUGUGACAAGAGGACUUUAAAAGUGUGGAUCGAUGACAGGAACGCCCAUCGGAAACCCAAACGCAGGGAGGAGAGUCUACACAUCACCCAGCAGAUAGUGGACGGAGUAGAAUACAUCCACUCCAAGAAACUCCUACACAGAGACCUAAAGCCCGCUAACAUCAUGUUUGGUAUUAGUGACGGAGAGGGUAAGGGAGAGGUAAAGAUCGGGGACUUUGGUCUGGUGACGGCAGAAGACAAUGACAACGAUGAAAACAUGCUGGAGAGAACGAAAAAGACAGGAACUAAGUCUUACAUGGCCCCUGAACAGAGGAACCAGACCUCUUAUGACAGAAAAGUGGACAUAUUUGCGUUGGGUCUGAUCUACUUUGAACUGCUCUGGAACCUGUCUGGAAUGGAGAAAUCAAAGGUCUGGGAUGAUGUCAGAAGCAAGGUGUUUCCUCAACAGUUCGACACGCAGUUCCCCUUAGAGAACAAGGUGAUACAGUGGAUGCUGUGUGCCAACCCAGAGGAGAGACCAGAUGCCAGGCAGCUGAAAACAAAACUGAACCAGUGUUUUGUUCCGACCAGGGAUAACAACUUCCAUCAAGACAACAUGACCAUCUAAAGACAGUCAGUCGUAUUCAUAAAGGGUCUCAGAAUAGUAUUAAUUGUGAUAUAAAAUGCACAAUUGAUCCUAGAUCAGCUUUCUACUCUGAGAGCUGUGAAUGCAGGCCCUGAACAUCCAACAAGACAACACAAUGAUAUGAUCCCAGAUCAGCUUUCUACUCUGAGAGCUGUGAAUGCAGGCCCUGAACAUCCAACAAGACAACACAAUGAUAUGAUCCCAGAUCAGCUUUCUACUCUGAGAGCUGUGAAUGCAGGCCCUGAACAUCCAACAAGACAACAGAACUAUCUGAAUUUCAACUGUAUUAUACAGACUUUGAAUGUGUCACAAAUCAUGUGUUUUCACUGGAUCUGUCUUUAAACAGUAUACUGUAAUGAACUCUAAGUCCCAGCAGAAUCCAGGAUAGUUUAUCAGUUCAAAAUGUAAUUAUUGCUGCAUUCAUGACAUGUCGGAACUAGGAAACUCAGAAAUGUUCGACUUGGAAACUCAUUGUUGAAAGAUGAUACCCGAGUUUCCCACUAGAAAAGUAUCAGAAUCAACCAACAGGAAGCUCUACGCAAAUAACUUACAUUAAUCUGAAUGUAGUUUCCCACUUGUCAUGAAUGCAGUGUCCGUUAUAACCAUGAAUAAGUAGUUUACUGACUAUAAUGGGUACAAGUCCCAUGUUGAAACCUUAGUGUUAUUUUACCAAGAGUACCUGGUCCUUAAUGUUAUUGGUGGUACUAUACACCAUGGUAUGUAGGCUACGGUAUGUUAUGUACUGUAGGCUACUGUAUGUUAUGUACUGUAGGCUAUGGUAUGUUAUGUACUGUAGGCUAUGGUAUGUUAUGUACUGUAGGCUACUGGAUGUUAUGUACUGUAGACUACUGGAUGUUAUGUACUGUAGACUACUGGAUGUUAUGUACUGUAGACUACUGAAGUUAUUAACAGCUAUAGGUAUAGAUAGAUAAAGCAGAAUAGAUUAACAGGAAGUAAUAUAUGAUGUGCUUUUCUUAAAUGGACAGGAACGUUAUGAAUGUUUGAAAAUUAGAUUGAUUAGAUGGGCUUUGAAAAAUAAAUGUAAUAUACU